CGACAAAGGUCAAGGAAGUGUUACACGGGCGGAUGGGUAUUGGGCUGGGGCCCAUGUAGAUAUUGCUCUGGAUGUCAUUUCAUCCCUUUCUUGUUGGAACAAACGACAAUCGUUUCCCAGCAAAACUUGGUAGAUUGCAGAGUUCUCAUUCUCAGUCACUCUACAUUCUCUCUUCUCUCUGUCUCUCUCUCUCUCAGCUCGAACAUGGGGACAACAAUUCGCAUGAUUGACAUAGCAGUGAACUUCACAGAUGGGAUGUUCAAAGGGAUUUACCACGGGAAGCAUUGCCACGUGUCCGACAUCGCCAUCGUUCUGAGCAGGGCUUGGAGCGCCGGCGUUGAUCGCAUUAUUGUUACUGGUGGGUCACUCGAAGAAUCAAAGGAGGCUCUCGCCAUAGCUGAAACUGAUGGAAGGCUUUUUUGCACGGUUGGUGUGCAUCCCACAAGAUGCAAGGAAUUUGAAGAGAGUGGGGAUCCGGAGAAGCAUUUUCAAGCUCUUUUGUCGUUAGCACAAGAGGGAAUAGAGAAAGGGAAGGUGGUUGCAAUCGGUGAAUGUGGAUUGGACUAUGAUAGGCUUCACUUUUGCCCUGCAGAGAUUCAAAAGAAGUACUUUGAGAAGCAGUUUGAAUUAGCAUAUGCUACAAAGCUGCCCAUGUUUCUACAUAUGCGUGCAGCCGCUUAUGAUUUCUGUGAAAUCGUCGAGAGAAACAAGGACAGGUUCACUGCUGGGGUGACCCAUUCAUUUACUGAUACUGCAGAAGACAGUGACAAACUUCUUUCCUUUAAGAAUAUGUAUAUAGGUGUAAAUGGUUGCUCUUUGAAGACAAGCGAGAAUCUUGAUGUUGUGAGGGACAUUCCUAUAGAGAGAAUGAUGAUUGAGACAGAUUCUCCGUAUUGUGAAAUUAAGAAUACUCAUGCCGGGAUUAAGUUUGUUAAGUCUGUAUGGCCCUCUAAAAAGAAGGAAAAGUAUGAUCAAGAAAGCAUUGUUAAAGGCCGUAAUGAACCUUGUUUAGUUUGGCAAGUUCUUGAAGUUGUGGCUGGUUGUAAAGGUAUCAGUGACAUAGAGCAGCUGAGCAGGACAAUAUACCACAAUACUUGCAGGGUUUUCUUCCCUCAGGAUCUUGAUUCUGCAGCAGAUGCCCUUCUUUCCAGUGGCCAUGGUCCUUAGUAAACUAGGUCCAACAGUCUGAAAUAUUCAAUUACCCAUUUUCCCAAAAUACUCCUCUCCCCCCUUGUUUUUGUUGAGGACGCAUUGUGUUGAGUCGCACAUUUUUGUACUUCAUUUACCAACUGACUCUAUUUUUGUAAUUUUGGAAAUUGAGAACUCUCAAUAUUACAAGUUCAAUUGUUAAAGAUACCAAUAAUUCUCUGUCUCA